CGCCCCCGCACGGCCCCGCCCCUUCCGUCCCGCACCGCCAGCUCGGGCGUCACCGUCACCGCCGCCAGGAUGGUCCCGCCGGUGCAGGUCUCGCCGCUCAUCAAGUUCACCCGCUACUCGGCCCUGCUGCUGGGGAUGGUGUACGGCAAGACGCGAUACGACUACCUGAAGCCCAUUGCUGAGGAGGAGAGGAGAAUAGAGGCGGAGGAGAAAAAGAAGCGCGAGGAGCUGGAGCGGAUCGCCAAAGAGCUGGCGGAAGCAAGCGAAGAUUCCAUACUGAAAUGAAAAAAAGAUGGGAUCUUCAUUUCACACAUGGAAAUACAACUAGGCUCUGAACUGUUCAGUGGUUGGGGGAUUCUGCAUGCUAUUCUAUCAAUAAAGUACUUAUAACAGUU